AUGGAGGAUUUGUCAGUCAUUCUUGUGGCUAUAGGAUGUUUAGUCGUCCUGAUUGGCUUCACGAUUCUAGCUCUGCUUGUAUAUUCUGGACUUUUCGAAACAGUAACUGUCGGGGCAGGUAGUCCACCGAUUGGGGAGGCUCUCAUUGCGUACAGAUUCGCCAGAGGCCCUUACAAAGAGGCUGGGCAGACGUUCACAGAAAUCGCCCAUUUGGCUCCAGACAACAAAGCCUUGGGUAUCUAUUAUGAUGAACCUAAACGAGUUCCAUCUCAUUUAACGAGAUACGUCGUAGCCUCAGUUCUAAGUCACGAUGAUCAACCAGUGGAUGAAGACUUGAAAAAGAAAUUUGAAGCUGAAGGAUAUAAAUUAUUACGUCUGCCCUCAGCGACCAAUGUAGUAAAAACCUCAUUCCCUCAUAUCAGUUCCCUUUCUAUAUUUAUUGGUGUAUUUAAAGUUUAUCCAGAGAUGUCAGCCUAUGUACAGGAUCAUAAACUAUGUGCUCAUCCUUAUUUAGAAAUUUAUGAUGGAAAAACUAUGCAUUUUAUGGCACCUCUAGCCAGGCAGGACGAAUUUUACGUGCCAGAAAUGAAGAAA